UGCCAGGCGCAAAAUUGACUAGUUGCUUCACAUCGCGACCGUCAUCCUUGGGACAUUCCCGCCCUUCAACGUAUUCAUCACAUACCAUACAGUAAACAUGGUCAGAGGACGCAAGAGAGAUUUGACCGCUGCCCCUACACGACAGCUUACACAGCAACGCGAUUACCGCGCGCGCAAAGCCCGAUAUCUUACCGAACUCGAACAACGAUGUCUAAAAGCCGAAGAUGAGAAUGUGCGAUUACGACGAGAGCUAGAACUAGCUCGAGCUGCCAUACCCUUUGGCUCGCCACAGGAAGUUGUACAAGUAUCAUCCGAGCUACUGCGCGACCUACUCAACGCCUCUGCAUCGAUCGCACGCUUCCAACAGAUCACUGCACCUCGUGCGCCGGUCCCUCUCGAUGUCAAUUCCUUCCAUCAUCGGCAACCAUCAAUAUCAUCAUAUUCACAACCACCCGCAGGUCCCAGCAACCUUCGUCAUUCCGAGUCAUCUUCCCCUCGUCAAGCAUCCUCACAGCCAAUAACAAUUCUGCCCUCGCAUGUUCUUGCUCUUCAAGAAUUCCGAGCUCACCCGUCACCUCCAAAUCGGAUACUGUCUCCUAUCGAUGAACGACGGAUGGAUCGAACUCCUGCGUCCUCGUCGACCAGUUCACAAGCCAGAGAAACGAGCCCAUCGCCAAGCCUUGGUUCUGAGGAGUGCUGCGGGGGGUAUAUUGAUUGCACUCAACUAAUAGAAGAAGAUGAGGGAGAAGAUGAAGAGGGAGAAGGAGAAGGAGAUGAAGAUGAAGAUUUUGGAAUUUAUCAUCUCACGCAUACAUCGAAACUUCGUUUCAGUCAAGGCGACUUUCGAAAAGAUGCUGAACGCUAAACCCUUGGAACAGCAGUCAGAAAUUUGUAUGGUGUAGUUGCUCUACGUCACUGCUGCAUUGAAUCUGUCCCUGCAAGUUACAAUAUUCAACAACCCUACAUUUCUACAUGCAGUGGCGGUUGUUUUCUAAUUAUAAUAAUAUCUCAUGGCCGGCUUUGCGGGCUUAUCCUUAUCAUGACAAUGUUGGCGUACGAGGUGGUUCCGCUGGAGGAUUUCUCCAAAGAGUUUGGGUCCACAACAGAAUUAUCGAGUGUAUCCAUAGGAGGACAGGUGGUGAAUGUUUCUGAUGAAUUCUUUGCUGAGGCAUAUCAACUGCUCCUAGUCGAGGUUAGAACUGCACUCCGUUACGAC